AUGAUGAAAUUGAACAGACCUCGGUGGUCGCCGCUUCUUUGGCGGAUUACUUUACUGUGCGCCGUGCUGCUAUUUCAUAACCCCGCGGUGCAUGGAAAUGACGAAAUUGCCACCGAAACUCAGCCGGCCGAGGAUGCUGAGCUGUACGAAACUCCAAAGAUAGACUCCAAACGCAUGUAUUUUGCGGAACAUUUCGAUGAUCUGCACCAAGACGAUGCGAUCGAAAAGCGCUGGGUUAAAUCCAAAGCAAAGAAAGACGAUGCGGCUGAAGAGGUGGCCAAGUACGAUGGCGAAUGGGCAGUCGAGCAACCGCAAAGACCUAUCCUCGCAAACGACUAUGGCUUGGUGCUGAAAUCUAAAGCCAAGCAUGCUGCGAUUGCAUCACAUUUGCUACUGAACCGACCAUUUGUGUUCGAGGAUAAGCCACUGGUGGUGCAAUAUGAGGUAAAUUUGCAGGAGGGUCAGGAAUGCGGCGGAUCUUACAUCAAGCUACUGUCUGUCGGUGAUGGCACGAAGGAUUUGAAACAGUUUCAUGACAAAACGCCGUACACGAUCAUGUUCGGUCCGGACAAGUGUGGUAACGAUGUGAAACUUCACUUCAUCUUCCGACACGUCAACCCAGUCAAUGGUUCCAUAACGGAAAAGCAUUGUAACAAGCAAAAAGACCGGCUAGAUGAUCCCUUCAAAGACAAACGUCCCCAUCUGUACCAGCUAAUUAUUCGUCCGGACAACACAUACACCAUUCGCGUUGAUCACAAAACUGUCAACGAAGGUUCGCUGCUCACAAACUUCACCCCGGCAGUAAAUCCACCGGCCGAAAUUGACGAUCCGGAAGACCGUAAGCCCGAAAAUUGGGACGAUCGGGAAAAGAUUCCCGAUCCGGACGCAACAAAGCCGGACGAUUGGAAUGAGGAAGAACCGGCCCAAAUUGCCGAUCCGAAAGCGACCAAACCGUCGGGAUGGUUGGACGAUGUGGAGGAAAUGGUACCGGACAGUACGGCCGUAAAGCCGGCAGAUUGGGACAAUGAUAUGGAUGGCGAAUGGGAACCGCCCCUGAUUCCGAACCCACUGUGUGAAAAGGCGGUCGGUUGCGGUCUGUGGAAACCACCGAUGGUGGCAAAUCCUAGUUACAAAGGCAAAUGGCGUCCGCCGCUAAUCGCGAAUGUAAACUACCAAGGCAAAUGGGCGCCACGAAAGAUACCGAACCCGGACUUUUUCGAAGAUUUGACUCCAUUCCGAAUGACCCCGAUUGCUGCGGUAGGCUUCGAAAUUUGGUCCAUGUCUAGCGAUAUUCUGUUUGACAAUGUUGUCAUUUGUGAUGAUGAAGCUGUGGCGGACGAUUGGGCAGCACAAACGUUCGAUCUUAAAGUCAAAACACUCGAUCGGCAAGCGCAAACACUCUGGGACAGAGCGAUGAGAUAUAUAAACUACAAACCAGGUUAUUGGGGAGCAUAUUUCGUUUACUGUUCGAUACCGUUGAUCGCCUACAUAUGGUUCCUAUGGUCGCGACGUGAUACAGAGGCUGACGCUAAGGCGGAACUUGGGCGGAAGAAGAAGAACGAUGAUUACCCAGCACCGGAAGACGAGCUGGAUGAUAUGGCCGGUUCUGGCGAAGUGGAUGAAGAUGGUCGUACAAGUAAAACAAAGCUGAACGCUGCCACAGCGGGGUCCUCCGGGUCACGAUCUGCCAGUAGUGCCGGUGAAGCUUACGGAGAGGACGAAGACGAACAGGAGGUCGAUGAAGCUGAUGGCGACGAAGAAGAAAAUGACCCACAGGAAGAGGCUCCGGAACUGGUGUCGGCCGGUGACGAGGAUGCAUCCUCAAGCGAUGCACCGGUAGAUAGUAAGAAUUCGGAAGGUGCGGAAGGCCUUAAGAAGAGAAAAGCUCGCAGAGACUAG